AUGUCCACUCCUGUGUCAAUACAACAGUCAUUUGUGAUUGAAAACGAGAAUUAUAAUGAGGCACACAGAUCAGAACAACUCAAUCUACAAUUGAUGCGAACUACGACGGCUCCAAAAGAAAACUCCAUCGUCGAAACCGUGCUUGUUGGUUUGUCAAUCCUCCUGCUUGUUCUUCUUUUCCCACUUUCUCUGUUAGUCGUGUUUGUGAAAGUAAGACAAUUCGAACGUGUUGUGAUCUUACGAAAUGGAAAGCUGCGACAUCGCGAGACCUACGGUCCCGGUUUAAUUUUUUACCUACCAUGUAUUGAUUCAUUGAAGUUUUUAGAUCUAAGAGUGAUUUGUCAUUCUGUUCAUCCUCAAGAGACUCUAACUAAAGAUUCUUUGUCGAUGACUGUCGAUGCAGUUGUAUAUUACAAAAUUAAAGACCCAAUACUGGCAGUAAUGAGAGUCACUGAUUACAAACAUUCAACACAAUAUAUAGCGGCGACAACGCUUCGUAAUGCCAUCGGUUCGAAAAAGCUUUCAGAAAUUCUCAAAGACAGGCGUGCAGUAAGUCUUCAAGUGUUCGAAAGCAUGAGAAAUAUGACGCACAACUGGGGAGUUCAGGUUUUACGAGUGGAAAUAAAAGAUAUAAGACUACCUUUACAAUUACAAAAAGCCAUGGCUGCGGAAGCUGAGUCAACAAGAUUGGCUAGCGCAAAGAUAAAAGUGGCUAAAGCUGAAAUAGAAUGUAAUAGAAGUCUUCAAACAGCAACUGAAAUGCUCAUGGAUAAUCAAUGGGGUAUGACGUUGAGAUAUUUGCAAUCUCUACAAACGAUAUCCGGCGACAAAACACAUACCAUCGUUAUACCUUACUCUGUCGAAACGUUGAAAAAUAUUUUUAAAUGA